CGACGAUCACGACGACGGCCGAGAUAACGUUUUUUUAUAGAAUAAAAUCAUAUUAUUUUCGCUAAUCGGGGUUCACCGUUCGCGUUGCACUUGAACACUUGAUGCAGUUAAUUACUACCAUUAGACCCAGUGACACGUUACCACCUCGUCAUCGUCGUUUCCGUCGCCGCCGUCCGUCAAAUACGCCGCAAAACCGCUGAAAAAAACAUUCGUAGCGCGCCACAAACCGUCGAUAAAAUAUUUACUAUUUUUAAAAACGAUCGACCCGCGACAUCGUUGAUCGGUUUGCACCACCGUCCCGAUACGCAAUUUCUUCUUCGCGGGCCCGCCUUACUCGCGCCUUUUCCGAUCCACCCCUCCGCCUAUCACUAACCCCCUCCCUCAAACUUUUGAAUUUUCUCUGAAGAAGACGAUACCCGGCAGUCCGUAAUGGCCAAAAAGACGUACGAUCUGCUGUUCAAGUUGCUGCUGAUCGGCGAUUCGGGCGUGGGCAAGACAUGUAUUCUGUUCAGGUUCUCAGACGAUGCGUUCACCACUACGUUCAUCUCGACCAUUGGUAUUGACUUCAAAAUCAAAACAGUAGAGCUUCAAGGGAAAAAAAUAAAACUUCAAAUUUGGGAUACAGCAGGACAAGAGCGAUUCCAUACCAUAACAACAUCCUAUUACAGAGGAGCAAUGGGAAUUAUGUUAGUAUAUGAUAUCACAAACGAAAAAAGUUUUGAAAAUAUAGUGAAAUGGCUACGAAACAUUAAUGAGCAUGCCAACGAAGAUGUAGAAAAAAUGAUUUUAGGGAACAAAUGUGAUAUGGAUGAUAAACGUGUCGUUGGUAAAUCUCGAGGUGAAGGUAUUGCUCGUGAACAUAACAUAUCAUUUUUGGAAACAUCUGCAAAAGCAAAUAUAAACAUCGAAAAAGCAUUUACUGACCUUACAUUAUCAAUAUUGAACAAGACACCUGGACGUGAACCUACUGAUGUACCUGAAAAGAUUAAUAUCGAUAGGAAAUCAGACAGAUUGUCUAAUCGCUGUUGUUGAAUAGUCAAGUAUUUAAUACAGACAAUUUUAAAUGGAUACUAUUAUUAUUGACAGAAUUUGUAAAACACCAAGAGAUAAACGUUUUGCUAAGCUCAUUGAUAUAAAUAUACGUACAAUUGUAUAUUAUCAUGUGUACUUUAAAACAUUUUUAUUUUACAAGACCUAUUAACAAAUUAUAUAUUUUUUUUUUUAUUCAAAUGCUUAGCAAAAUGGUUUUCUGUGAAGCUGUUCCUUAUCAUACAAAUAAAUGUAAAUAUUUAUGUUACCAUUAUUAAUAAUAAUUGUUUGAAUAAAACGAGAUAAUCAUGACAUCAUCAUACUUGUCUAAUAUAAUAAAGCAGUUGAUGUUAGUGGCUUGAACCACAAAAAUUUUUAUUGGUUGUCCUCGGUGGAAGUUAUUUAUUAUUAUUAUUUUUAUUUUGUACAAAAU